GAAGCUGGCAGCCUAUUAUCCCGCAUCCCAUUCAUUCUUACUGACUACCUACUAACUACACAGUUAUCCAUAACCAGUCUGCUUACUUUGCCAUACCUGCGCUAUCAAAAUGAAUCCGGAUGCAUGAUGCUUCUAGAACAGAGGAGUCUAGUUGGACUGCAUGGAGGGAUCCGAACCCAUGUUGGGAUUUCCUGUAAGGACCGACUGAUCCUCCAGCGAUCAGUACAGUACUUUUGUUCUUGUUGUUGCCACUGUCUCUUCAUUAGGUCAGACCCAGUGCUAGUUAGUUCUUCCAUUCGACUUCUGUACCUCCUGUCUUGCACAACCUGGUCAAUAGCUGGGGAUGCAUUGAAUACAAAGGUAUUGUUCGUCGUCGUUUGGCGAUCAUCCUUACCAUACGGUAAUCAAUCUUCAUCAUCAUCUUCUUCUUACGACAUCACGUGCAGCCAUCCUGCUCUCCUCCCACCGUCCAUCAUCGGCAUCAACGACAGGAUCUCAACUGCUCAAGGAUCCGCAUUUUUCCCACAGAUCACCGCUGCGUUGUCGCCUCCAGACCCAAUCGCCACUGAGCAGUGUUCUUGAAGCCCCUAUCCUUGAGAUUGAUGUGCAGGACAACCUCACGUACUACACAGUAGCGCCAUUUCACCGCAUUCCACAUUGUCCGAGCAACAGAACGCUUGGAUCGACUCCAUGAUUCGUUCAUCCAUGGGUUUGUUGCAAUGGACAGGUACAACUUCAGUUUAGGGCAUGACGGCAGGCCCCCCGUUCUCUUCAAACUACUUACUACACACUACCGCUCACCAUCUUUUUCUUUUCUCGUUCUGUUCCCUGACUACCCAUCAGGUAA